AUGAGGGCAGCUAUCCUGCUCGGCCGGUGUUGUGCGCGGCAGGCUCCAUCUCACAUAUCUCUGCAUCCCACGGCCACGAUACAAGGCGCUUCGUCACGCCUCUUCUCGAGCCAUCCUGCUUUCCGCGCGUCCUUUCGGUCCAGCGCUCGUCGGUCCACUAAUGGCGCCUAUCGGACACACCAGAGCUCCAGCCAUGGCUCGUCCCAAUCUUCGAGGCACAGCAGGGUGUUGCUAGCGACAGCGGCCAACGGCGCUCUGGGCACCGCGGCCUUUGUCAAGCUCUCCGAAAAAGACAACAGCGGCACAGAACAGACGAGCGAGGGACGCAUGCUCCAGGCAUCCCGGGCCGAGCUCAAGAAAUCAGUACCAGACGAUGAAAGAGGCCCCAAGCGUGCCGGACACAAGAUAUUCUUAUUGCUUGAUGUAUACAUAUGGGAGCCGCUGUGUACGGGAUUCAGAUUCCUGCAGCUGGUGGUGAUCUUCGUUCCUGUCAUCCUGGCCGUACCCGCGGUCUGGAUUGGGCCGCGGCAGCCCCAGUUCGACAAUGAACGAUCCGGUACAUUGUGGUGGUUCGGUUUCUUGGUGCGGAGCAUGGAGUGGGCAGGACCUGCCUUCAUCAAGCUUGGCCAAUGGGCCGCAUCUCGAACCGACAUCUUCCCAACCCAAAUGUGCGAGACAAUGUCGCGCUUACACUCGCAAGCCCCGGCACACUCAAUGCGGCAAACGAGGCGCAUAGUCCAGAACGCCUUCGAUGGUCGCGAGUUUGAAGACGUCUUUGAAGAGUUCGACGAGAAACCCCUUGGGGUCGGAGCUAUCGCGCAGGUGUACAAGGCGAAGCUGAAGCCUGACCUUGCCGUUCCUGGUGAUGUCGAUGUCGAGGAUAAGAAGAGCAACAUUCGCCAGAAUGUGCGCCGCAAUGUCGACACAGUACUCAAGAGCAGCCCGAAACGUGUGCCAUCUAGCUAUGUCGCGAUCAAAGUCUUGCAUCCCGGAGUGGAGAGGACAGUCCGCCGCGACCUUCGGAUCAUGUGGUUCUUUGCCAGCGUACUCAAUGCAAUUCCCACGAUAGAAUGGCUGUCGUUGCCAGACGAGGUUGCACAAUUUGGAGAGAUGAUGAAGUUACAGCUCGACCUACGCAUAGAAGCUGCAAACCUGGCAAAGUUCCGGAAGAACUUCAAAGACAGGUCAACUGCAUGGUUUCCCUUCCCUUACCUGGACUUUACUACUCGAGAGGUCCUGAUAGAAGAGUUUGCCCAGGGCAUGCCACUUGCUGAUUUCCUUGAGAACGGCGCGGGCGUGUAUCAGCGCGACAUUGCGCAGGAAGGUCUGGACGCGUUCCUGCGCAUGCUACUGCUCGACAACUUUGUGCACGCAGAUUUACAUCCUGGCAACAUCAUGGUCCGCUUCUACCAGGCAGACCAGCCACACUUGCCGGCAUUUGCUCAGAAGCAGCAAUCGGUAAAUCCUGACGAGCGAACCGACGUUACCGAGCAGGUGCUGGCGCGUCUGAGGCCAUACAGGAAGCGACACAACAAGGAGGCAUGGGAGGCGGAGCUGCGCAAGAUCGACGCAGAAGGGUACAGACCGCAACUGAUCUUCAUCGACACUGGCUUGGUGACGGAGCUGAAUGCCACGAACCGUGCCAAUUUCCUCGAUCUCUUCCGUGCUGUAGCCGAGUUUGAUGGCUACAAGGCCGGAAAGCUGAUGUGCGAACGAUGCCGGCAGCCAGAUGCCGUGAUCGACAAGGAGGUCUUUGCGCUCAAGAUGCAGCACCUUGUCCUCGGCGUCAAGAGUCAGACGCUGGCUCUGGGCAACAUGAAGAUUGGCGACAUCCUGCAGCAGGUACUCGACAUGGUCCGGAGCCACCAUGUACGCAUCGAAGGCGACUUUGUCAACGUCGUGGUGAGCAUCCUCCUGCUCGAGGGGAUCGGCCGCGUCCUCGACCCGAAUGUGGACCUCCUCAGCAGCUCCCUGCCGAUCCUACGACAGCUUGGCGCCCAGAGCGGUGCACAGAUGAUGAAGGGCGGAGACUUCCACAUGUUCUUUGUCUGGGCCGGCUUGGAGGCGCGUAGGUUCAUGCAAGCGAGUUUCGAAGAUGUUGAGAACUGCGUUAAGUACGAUUUGCUAGCGCCAAACAUUUGA